AUGGGAUGCUUUUCAUGCUGCUGCGUGGCCGAUGACGACGACAUUGGCAGGAGGAAGAAGCAUGACGACGCCUAUGUUCCUAUCCCUGCUCAAGUUGAUAACUUUGGACCUAGCCGGCCCCCAGCCCCAACCCCUGUCGUCCCCACAGGCAGAGCUCAGCCAAUUGCAGUACCGGCCAUUCACCUGGAAGAGUUGAAGGAAAUUACAAAGAACUUCAGCAGUGAUGCACUCAUUGGCGAGGGCUCAUAUGCCAGAGUCUAUUUUGGUGUACUGAAAGAUGGGACGAAAUCUGCAUUGAAGAAGCUUGACUCCAGCAAACAGCCUGAUCAAGAAUUCCUUGUGCAGGUUUCAGCUGUCUCAAGAUUGAAGCAUGAGAAUGUUGUCCAACUCGUCGGAUACUGUGCCGAAGGGAGCACCCGCGUUCUUGCUUAUGAGUAUGCAACAAGGGGAUCAUUGCAUGAUAUCCUCCAUGGUAAAAAGGGUGUCAAGGGAGCUCAGCCAGGGCCAGUCCUGUCAUGGAUGCAGCGAGCAAAGAUUGCCCUUAGCACGAAGAGUGAUGUUUACAGCUUUGGAGUUGUGCUGCUGGAGCUUUUAACCGGUCGCAAGCCAGUUGACCACACACUGCCCCGUGGCCAGCAGAGCCUUGUGACAUGGGCUACACCGAGGCUUAGUGAAGAUAAGGUGAGGCAAUGCGUGGAUCCAAGGCUCGGAGAUGAAUACCCUCCAAAGGCUGUAGCCAAGAUGGCUGCUGUGGCCGCCCUGUGCGUGCAGUACGAGGGUGAGUUCCGCCCCAACAUGAGCAUCGUCGUCAAGGCCCUGAACCCCUUGCUGCACAGCCGGCCCGGCAACCGCCCUUCUGCCUCGUCGGCCUCCCCCGCUGCUGCAGCAGCAGAGCGAUCUGGACUGUGA